GGCUUGAAAGCAAUAGUAAUGUAUCUACAUUCAUUGCCGUCGACAAAGAAGAACGUUCCGGAAUUGAUACGCGAUCCGGUCGCUCUCAUUCACGAUGUCCGAUGUUUGGUGGAAAAGCAUAGACAUGAUAAUCCAGAAGCGGCUGUGACGGGCAAUCCUGUGUUACCACCACCACCACCUUUGAGUAUCGCUGAUAGGGAACGCAUGAGAGUAACGAGAAAAGGUUUUGUAAAAAGACAUCACUCGGACAAGUCUGAAAGAGCGUUUCCACGCAGAAGACGAACCAGAUGCAAAAAGUGUGAGGCUUGCACUAGACAAGAUUGUCGGGAGUGUGUGUUUUGCCAAGAUAUGGUCAAAUUUGGAGGCAGUGGGCGCGCUAAGCAAACGUGCCUCAUGCGUCAAUGUCUUAGGCCCAUGCUUCCAGUCACGUCAUCUUGUAAAGUAUGUAAUUUAGAUGGUUGGAAACAACCACCUGCACCAUUGACGGGUAAACCGUUUCCCACAACACCAUCUACUUUAAUGGAGUGUUCAAUCUGCUUCGACAUCGUACAUCCAGAAUGUAUAGGUUUGAACUCCAAGGAGGUAACCGUCAAUGAUGAUUUACCAAAUAGUUGGGAGUGUCCACAGUGUUGCGAGCAAGGUCGAAACUUGGAUUAUCGGCCGCGUCAGCAAAGGGGUCGCACGCGAAAAUUAUCAGUAUCCAGCGCAGUCUCUUCAGCACCGACCACGGAUUCCGAGCGGGCAAUGACACCAAGUAAACGAUCGAGACUUGAUCCCAACGAGGCGUGGAAUGAUUCGCCCGGAGAACCAGCCGAAGGUGAACAGAGAAUGACGCAGCAGCGUACCCAAUUAGCUAUGCAAUUGAUUGCCUCGAGCAGCAGAUCUUUGGUGAGGCCGCACGUGGUAGUUAGGCCAGCGCCGCUGCCGCCUAUCCAAGAAACGGACGGCGAAUCGAACGAGCAUCAGAAUUUGGUGUACAACAAGGUAGUGGUGCUUGCGGUAUUUCGAUUUCUUAACAUAAAGGAUCUGCUUAAUUGUGCCUUGGUUUGCCGUACCUGGGCAAGAUACAGUAUAGAUUCCAGCCUGUGGAAGAAACUGAAUUUGUCACACUAUAAACUCCGUUCCUUACACUUGACGGUUGUCAUCAGACGUCAACCCGAAUGUCUUUCGCUGGACUGGACCAACAUCAAUAAGAUGCAAUUAGCUUGGCUUCUGAGCAGAUUGCCGCAGUUACGAACGUUGUCCCUUCAGGGCUGUACUUGGGCCGGCGUUCGUGCCCUGAAGAGUUGCAGCUGUCCGCCUCUAGAAAAAUUGAAUCUGAAUUAUGUUACCUCUUUGAAUGACGCUGUCUUGCAAGAAAUUCUGGACUCACCAACGGAUUCAAGACCUGGCCUUAUUGACAAAACAUCACGAUUGAAGCAUCUCAAGAAUCUGUCUUUAGCCGGAUGCGAUCUUACGGAUCGAGGCGUGAGAUAUAUAGUCCAGCAUCUGUUGGAUCUUGAGACCUUAGACCUCUCCUCGAUCGGCAGACUUACCGAUUCCGGAGUGGCGCACCUGACGUCGCUGCCAAAUCUGGGAUCGCUGAACUUAGCAAACUGCAAAUUGCUCACCGAAACGACUCUUGAUCACCUGACGAGAUGUAAGGCGCUAAAACGCCUGGACCUGCGACACACGACUCAAGUAUCGACGCAAGCCGUUAUCAAGUUCGCUGCUAAAAGCGAGCACAAUUUGCAUGUAACGGACGUUAAGUUGGUGGAGGAGAAGAAGAAGGUCAAAGCUGAAAUUGUGGACACGUGAAAGAGCAUUGUGCUCACCCGCAAACUAUUGUUCAGUGCAAUCCGGUUAUCGUCGCGUAAGAACACUGCUUGCAAAGAAUUAGAGCCAUGAUAAAUAGUACAUGCUACGAUCAGUGAUUAUUUAUUUUACACAAGAGAAUCUAUAGGCAUCAUUACAAGGUGCAUCCUUAUGAUGCAAUAGAAAGGACCUGACUAGCAUAGAAUUUCUAUUUGGAUAACACUUACCUUUACCGACGUAAAACCAAACGCAAUUUUGACAAGAACGAUUCCUUCGCAACUUGGAUUUAUUAUUCUUUUCAUUUUUCUUAUUGCAGAUAUUUAUCUAUUCUAUCGUGUAGUUCAUGUAGAUAUAUGUUUAUGUAUUUUUCACUGAAUGUCGUUUUAAAAACAAAUCUAAUUUAUUUAGAUUUUUUCUUUGAAACAAUAUCGAGAGGAAGUGGCGCUAUUUUAUUGCAGUUUUAUGAUUCUUUUGUGUAUCUCUGUAACUAAAACUUGAACUUGGAUCUUAUUAAAUAUCAUUAAACUAAUUGAAAAAUA